UUCCGGUCGGACUUUUUACAAGACGAACCAAGUGCAACAGUGAUAGACGUCUACUUUAUUUUUUAAUGUAGCUGUAUAUGCCUAGUUCACAGUUUCUUUUAAAUUAGUAAAUAGAAUAAGUUUCACAGGAAGAGCUAAAACAACCGAGACGGAGGCUAACCUACGCUAACGAGUCAUGAUCCUGGUGGACCCCAGUCUGUACAUUGGCACCGCGGCCGAUCUCAAUGACAGGCAGGCACUGGCUGAUGCCGCUGUCACUCAUGUCCUGUCUGUGGACUCUGUCGACCCCACCCCUCAGCUUCCCGCUGAUGGUGCCUUCUGCAUGAAGUGGGUCAACGUUUUAGAUGAGGUGACCUCUGACCUCCUGAGUCACCUGGACGACUGCUACCUGUUCAUUCAGGAGGCUGUGGUUGGAGGUGGGACUGUCAUUGUUCACUGUCAGGCUGGUCGAAGUCGAAGUGCAACCAUUGUGACUGCUUAUCUAAUGAAGAGACACCAGCUGGGCUUCAUAGAGGCUUAUCACAAACUGAAGAGUGUCAAACAGGAUGUACAGGUCAACAGUGGUUUUGAGGAGCAGUUGUAUCUUUAUGAGGCCAUGAAGUGUGAAGUGGACGCCUCCAGUCCUCUGUACAAACAAUACAGACUGAGCAAGAUCACUGAGAAGUUCCCUGAGUUGCAGCAAGUUCCCAGGGAGCUGUUUGCCGUUGACCCUGCCCACUCCAGCUCCUCUGAAGUGUCCUAUCGCUGCAGGAAAUGCAGACGAACUCUGUUCCGUGGCUCCAGUAUUCUCAGUCACCCAGUAGGAGAAGGAGCGACAGCCUUUGCUCACAAGAGGUUCAGUAACCUCACUGGAGACGUCCAGUGUACAUCUUACUUCAUUGAACCAGUGCAGUGGAUGGAACAAGCUUUAAUUGGGGUGAUGGAUGGACAGCUGCUGUGUCCUAAGUGUAGCUCUAAGAUGGGCUCUUUCAACUGGUGUGGGGAUCAGUGUUCGUGUGGCCGCUGGGUCACCCCCGCCUUCCAGCUGCACCGCAACAGAGUGGACGAGAUCCGACCGCUGAACAUGCAGAUAUAAGAGCAGGUCUUUACCCCUCAAACAGCCUGUGAAAGUGUAGAAAUCAUGUAGAAAUGUCAAACUCUCCUCACUGCCGAUCAAACCAGUCCCACAUACGAGAAGAUGAUUAAACUAACACCUACACACAAAUGAGAAAAAGAAAGCAAUUAAAUACAAUCUGUAAAUUCUAGUUUAAAAAAAAGGGACGUUUUGUACAGCUAAUUUUCAAGGGCACUUUAGCCUGAAGUUUCUUAAUGUCUGGUAUGACAUGUGAAAGUUUUGUCUGUAAAUAUCCCAAAAAUAAUAUCACAAAACUGCUCUGUUUCUGUUACUGAGUAAAUUCAUCUGCAAUGUUA